UAAACUCCGUCACUGUUUUAACUGUGUGACUGUAAAUUGGGAUAUUUUUUUUUCUCUUCCUCUGCGAAAUCAAUGGGGAAUUUCUCUCGUCAGAUGAGGCUUUCGUCAGCUUUGCUGAAGCGUUUGCGAUCGCAGCGGGGAAGUGUCGCCGCCGUGAAUGUGAGUGGCUCGAGAUCUUUUACCACGACGGAGGGCCACCGGCCUACCAUAGUUCACAAGCGCAGCUUGGAUAUUCUCCACGAUCCAUGGUUCAACAAGGGAACUGCAUUUUCGAUGACAGAACGUGAUCGUCUUGACCUUCGAGGUUUACUGCCUCCAAAUGUCAUGAGCCCUGAACAGCAAAUUGUGCGCUUUAUGGCUGACUUGAAGAGGCUUCAGUUAAGUGCUAGAGAUGGACCAUCUGAUCCAUACAGUCUGGCUAAAUGGCGCAUUCUUAACCGCUUGCAUGAUAGGAACGAGACUAUGUACUAUAAGGUUCUUAUUGACAAUAUUGAGGAAUAUGCACCUAUAGUCUAUACUCCUACUGUUGGUCUUGUAUGCCAAAAGUACAGUGGCUUGUUCAGGCGACCUAGGGGGAUGUAUUUCAGUGCAGAAGACCGUGGAGAAAUGAUGUCAAUGGUUUAUAAUUGGCCAGCAGAUCAGGUUGAUAUGAUUGUUGUCACGGAUGGAGGCAGAAUAUUGGGUCUUGGAGAUCUUGGAGUUCAAGGAAUUGGAAUUGCAAUUGGGAAGUUGGAUCUUUAUGUUGCUGCUGCAGGGAUAAACCCACAGAGAGUACUACCUGUCAUGAUUGAUGUCGGAACCAACAAUGAGAAGCUUCUGGAAGACCCCUUGUAUUUGGGACUGCAACAGCACCGCCUUGAUGGAGACGAGUAUCUUGCAGUUAUUGAUGAAUUCAUGGAGGCAGUUUUUACCCGCUGGCCUCAUGUGAUUGUCCAGUUUGAAGAUUUUCAAAGCAAAUGGGCCUUCAAGCUCUUGCAGCGUCACAGGAAUGAAUAUAGAAUGUUCAAUGAUGAUGUCCAGGGAACUGCAGGGGUUGCACUCGCUGGUCUUUUAGGAGCAGUGAGAGCACAAGGAAGACCAAUGAUAGACUUUCCGAAGAUGAAGAUUGUAGUUGCUGGUGCUGGAAGUGCCGGGAUAGGUGUUCUCAAUGCUGCAAGAAAAACCAUGGCGAGAAUGCUUGGAGACACUGAAAUUGCUUUUGAAAGUGCUGGGAGUCAGUUCUGGGUUGUUGAUGCUAAUGGACUUGUGACGGAAGCACGUGAAAACAUCGAUCCAGAUGCUCGUCCAUUUGCUAGGAAGGUCAAAGAAAUUGAACGCCAAGGGCUGUCGGAAGGGGCAAAGCUUGUGGAAGUGGUACGGCAAGUAAAGCCUGAUGUGCUUCUCGGAUUGUCUGCUGUGGGAGGAUUGUUUUCCAAAGAGGUAUUAGAAGCUCUGAAAGGUUCAACUUCUACCAGACCUGCUAUAUUUGCGAUGUCUAACCCUACAAAAAAUGCUGAGUGCACACCAGAGGAAGCUUUUUCCAUAGUCGGUGACAACAUCAUAUUCGGAAGUGGAAGCCCAUUUAGCCAUGUUGAUCUUGGAAAUGGUCAUGUUGGCCACUGCAACCAGGCAAACAACAUGUUUCUGUUUCCCGGGAUUGGUCUUGGAACACUUCUAUCUGGAUCCAAGAUCGUUUCAGAUGGAAUGCUACAGGCAGCAGCUGAAUGCCUUGCUGCAUAUAUGACCGAGGAAGAAGUGCUUCAAGGGAUUGUUUAUCCGUCAAUAUCCAGAAUACGUGAUAUAACAAAGGAAGUAGCUACAGCAGUCAUUAAAGAAGCCAUAGAAGAGGAUCUGGCAGAAGGAUACCGUGAUAUGGAUGCCCGUGAAUUGCAGAAGCUUAAUCAGGACGAAAUUAGAACUUUCGUAACGAACAAUAUGUGGAGCCCUGAAUACCAAACUCUGAUUUACAAGAAGGAUUGAAGAUCGGGAACUCUCUUAGUUUCACACGUUGUAUGAUGCAAUAAUAAUAUAGAGCUCAGAUACUGCUGCCAUGAUUUAUCCAAUUCACUUAUCAAUUGUUCCGACCAAUAUAUAUAUCCAGUGGAGAUUUCUCAAAGUGGUAAAAGUUGUAAAUGUUAACCGCGUAAGCGUAUGUAUGUCUACGUUUGAACAAACAUGAAUAUCGCACUUCAUAUCCAGUAAGGCUUGAUUCUAUCGGAUCGAAUGUUUCUGUCACGUACGAUUUGCCAGCUUAAUUGAUGUUCUAAGACUUUG